GCGUGUUGGCUGCAUGGACCACGAUUGUACCGGUCCCUGGGUGCGGCGUCACAGCUAUGUGGUCACGCCCCCCAAACCCCCCAAAUGCACAGCCUGCCGCAGGGGACGUGGUGCUCCGUCGCCCCCACCCCACUUUUAGAUCAGUCCUAAACUCAUUACCGCACCUGGCCGGCUGUGCUCUACCGCGUGUCAGGGCUACGGCACAACAGUGCCUGCGGUUUGCUUACUCGGCCCAUCCAUAAGGCGCCAUGGCCCCCCUUGGGAGCAGGGAAACCUGGGCAAACCCGCGACACUGUCGUGUCGUAGCCCUGACUCGGUGUGCGUGCAGGGUGGCUGUAACUGAUAUCGCAAUGUUGGCCAGGCCAUCUAUCUAGUGCUGACGGCCACAUUCUGCCCUGCCGGCCGCUGCCGAGCACGUCUGCCCGCCAGCCUCGGCAGCCGGCCCCGCCGCUGUCACAGUUAUGGUUGCAGUGCACGGGCCGGGCCGGGAGCACAGGCUUGGCCGUGGGUUGGACCUACGGUGACAAGAGGCUGACCUACCUGAACAGAGUUUUAGGGGCGGGUAUUUCCUUUACCUAAAGCAGCCCCGGCGGUGGUAAUCCCUCGGCCAUCUGGUGGCCCGGCGGCCAGGGCCGUCCGCGUCCGCGCGUCUGGGCUGGGCCAGCCCGUCGUCCGUCGUCGUCACCGGCAGUCAACGUCAGUCUGAGAGUGCAGCCCGCCGUGCAGCGUCGUGGAGGGGCGCAUCUUGUGGAGGCCUUGCGGAGAAAAGAGCGUUAAUUGUUUGUAAAAAAAAAAAAAAGGAAAAAAAAGAGUUCCAGUUUGAUUGUCUGCCCGCAAUCGUGCUGCUAUACGGUGAGUACUCCCUGGUGUUCUGCAGGCAACCGGGGCUCACAUGCACUAUCGGACCUGUAAUAAUGACGAACAUGAGGAACUAGCUGUGAAAGCCAAGAAUUCGCUACCGAAGCUGAUUUAGAAGUUGUCUUAGUCCUUGCCUUAUGAGCGAAUUAUUCGUACAGCUGGUUACUAGUUGUUGGCUCUGACCGCUAGUUUCUCAUUUACCGGAAGAUAAUGUGAUAUGAUAAAGCUAACACAAAAGCCCUGAAACUAAAGUGUUGUACAGUAUCACACUUAUACGCGCAGUACCAUGGUGUCAGUUUUGAGUGUAGGACACCACGUGUAUUACGGUUUAAACUGUAGGACAAGAGGUGUCUGACACUUCAUAACUGUAGUACGCUGUAGUAGGCCUACACGCGUUAUUGCCCUACACUUUUAACUGCAGUACACCGUGGUCCCACACUUUCAACUAUAUGACACGAUGGUUCUGCACUUAUAAGUGUCAUACUGUACGACUCUUGAGUUUAGAGUGUAGCUAUAAUCUGUUGUCUCUGAGGGCUGAGAUUUUUUCUUCAGUGCUCAGUCUAAACUGCAGUGGUGCCACGGCCAAAGCUUCAGGCUCUACCCGGACAUAUACAUCGGACCUAACGACAUGGACUGCGACAUCUGCGAGGAGGAGUUCGACCAGGAGGAGCGCGCCCCGAAGACGGUGGUGCCGUGCGCACACACCGUGUGCCUGCAGUGCCUCCAGCGCAGCGAAAAGAGGGAGUGCCCAACGUGCCGCACGGAGUUCGGCGUUACCCCCGAGUCCCUCCCCAACAACUUUAGUCUGAUGCGGCUGCUGGAACGCCAACGCGAUCCAAGCGGCAGGGUCCGCGGCGCAUGGUGCUCGGACUGCAGCGCCCCCGCCUCGCGCCUCUGCUGGGACCGCGACCACGACGUCAUGCCCAUCAAGAGGGCUCUGAGGCGCACCAUAGAGAGCGUGCUGCCCCAGGUGAGCGCCCAACUCCAGAGGUUGCAGGACGAGUGCCAGGGCGAGCAGGCUCUCCUGGCUCUGAACCUGCUCGCCGCCGAGUCUUGGCACGUGACCGUGCAAGGGGGUGGCAACGAGCUGACGGGGACCGUCAGGAACACCGAAGACCCCCUCGUCAAGAUCAUGUGGAUCGUGCUGGCGUCCAAGGCUGCCCACGCCGAGGGACGAGAUGAAACACCGAGACAAACUACAACACAGGCGCCACCUCCAGCACCAGGACCUGCCGCACCACGAACACCGCCUGCAGCACUGGGACCCCCUGCGCCGCAUGGGCAUCCUCCAGCACAAGCACUAAAUGCAGCCCACCGGCCGCCUGUAGCACAAGCACCACCUGCAGCCCACCGGCCGCCUGUAGCACAAGCAGCACCUGUAGCACAAGGACUGCCUAUAGGAGAAGCACCACCUGCAGCCCAAGGACAACCUGCAGCCCAGAGACUUCCUGACGCACAGGGGCCACGUGAACUCGUGGGGACCAUCGGCGGGGGACCCAACGAUAAUCUGCGCGAUAAAGCAGCUGCCCUGCGAGAAGCACCGGGGGUGGUGCGGCUGGAGUUGUCCUGCAACAGAGACCCUGCGUGGAGCCUCCAGCUGCUGCAGUGCGCCGCGCCCACGGUCGAGCAGCUGCGCCUGGACUGCCCCCGCGACGCCCACGUGCGCGCGGUGCACACCAUGCCGCGGCUGAGGACGCUCGACGUGCACGACGACGGCACCCUGGACAGACAGCCCCCCGAGCUGCCCGCGCUCCCAGCCGGGCACAGCGGCCUGCAGUGGCUCAGGGUGUUCGGCCUCUCCAGCGGCACGGUCCGGUCGCUGCUCCGCGCCCACGGCGGCACGCUGGAGGUGCUGCAGCUGAGGGUGGGCACGGCGGGGCCGAAGAAGUGGCCCGAGAGCUGCAGCGACCUGCACGCCCUGCUGGAGCAGUGCGGGCUGCGAGCGUUGCGGAGGCUCGUGCUGUGGAGGGUGUGCUGCCACCAUGAGAAGACCGCCUGCACCGAGCAGCGACGCGUCGUGCUGCGGGUCCUCCCCCGCGCUGAGGUGCUGUGCAGCAAGUGCGACGGUGUGGUGAAGGAAGAGUUCUAAAGGCGCGUCGUCUGGGGGUCAACUCGCCCAGUCUGUUCACUAAACCAGUUUGAAUAAAGUUCCUUUUCGCUUUUUUGAAA